AUGGUCCUCAAGGCCAAGGCUGUCAACAUGCUAAACUGUGAAAUCAGCUUUGAGGAAUACCGAAAAGUUUCAAGAUGUAAAACAGCAAAAAAAUUCUGGGAUAAGCUCCAAGUCACACAUGAAGGCACCGCACAAGUAAAAGAAACCAGAAUUGACAUGCUGAGUAAAGAGUAUGAGAUGUUCUCUAUGAAGGAAGGAGAAUCAAUUGAUGACAUGUUCGAGAGAUUCUCUAUCAUCAUUAAUAGUUUGGAUGCUAUGGGGAUUACUCAUUCCGAACAGAUGCUAGUGAGGAAAGUCUUGAGAAGCUUGACAAGAGAGUGA